GUCGAGUACCUCCCGAACCUUCUCGAGCUCCGCCGCGCACGCCACCACGGUGCUCUGCGUCCGCAAGGAUGGGGAGGUCGUGGUGAUGGCCGACGGUCAGGUCACGCUCGGCAGCCAGGUGAUCAAGCCAAACGUCAAGAAAGUGCGUCGAUUACAAGGCGGGGUCGUCGGAGGGUUCGCUGGCGCAACUGCGGACGCGUUCACUCUCUUCGAGCGGCUGGAGAUGAAGCUCGAGGAGCACCCGGGACAGCUCACGCGCGCCGCGGUGGAGCUCGCCAAGGCGUGGCGCAACGACAAGUACCUUCGACGACUGGAGGCAACCAUGGUGGUGGCGGACAAGCACCACACGUUUCAGAUCACAGGUGGGGGCGAUGUCAUCGAACCCCACGACGGAGUCAUCGGCAUCGGCUCAGGAGGACCGUAUGCCACCGCCGCAGCGAGGGCACUCGUCGACAUCGACGGGAUGGACGCGAUGGCGAUUGCCAAGAAGGCCAUGAACAUUGCUGCCGACACGUGCGUGUACACCAACCACAACUUCAUCAUCGAGUCCAUUGGACCCAAUGACGAAGUCGGCGGUGGCGACGCGGCGAAGAAGGGGGACGAGAAAGGAGGCAAAGAGAAGAAGUGAGUCGAGCCUUCGCCCACUGAUUGUUUUUUUAUUCUUGGUGUGCUGUUUGAAAGCCAAAACGGCUGCCUGAGC